GUCAAGUGAUACACAUGUUUUAUGCUGUAUACAUGUUCAGGUAAUAGAAUAAAUUGUACUAAUCUAUUACAGACAGCGAUUUGGAUGAUAACACAAGGGUAUGCACCUCCAUGUAAAGAUAUGAAACGAUAUGGUACAUGCUUGCCUCUACUACAUGAAGAUCUGACCAGUUGUAGCGGGAGGUCGCAUCAGGGGGUCAUACGAGCGGCUUUUGACCCUAUGACGUCAGACGUUUGAUUAACCAAAUUUUAUGUUUCUAGUGAGAUACCCACAAUUCCGUGCACUUCACGCCAAAAACUUUCCGUAACAGACCGUUUCAUUGGCUUACCCCUAACAUCACCUAGAACGCGGAUACAACAACUCUUCCAGAUCCUAGUGUAGUAAACACAACAGAUCCGCGUCACAUCUCAUUCAUACAAAGACCUUUAUAUACGCAGUCAGAAGACCUGUUUUGCUGUUUCGUGUGAAGUUCUAGAGACACCCACUAAACAGAACAUUAAGAGCCAUUGGAUUUACGACGAUUAUCAGAAAAUGGCAGCCAGUGAAUAUGAAGCUCGUUUGUCAGGUUGUUUAAACGGAGCUGCAGCGUGUUUAGCUUUGUCUAUAACACGAGAAUCUGGAUUAUUAAAAGUUUUUAUGGAGCCACAUCAACCUAUGACAAUUCCACAGAUAGCUUCUAGAACUAAUCUUAAAGAACGGUAUAUAAAAGAGUUAUUGGGUUGCCUAGUAACAUCAAGUAUAAUAGAAGUUGAUGAAGCAUCAGUCAAAUAUUUUGUACCAGAUGAACUCAGAUCAACUCUGGGUGGUAAACUGGAACAUCUAGAAUUAUUGGACUACGCAUCAGCACGUAAAGAAGACGUUAAAGCCUGUUUAGCGACUGGUGGACCAAAUGGGUUUAUCGCACAGACGAAACCUGGCUACGCCGAACUACAAAAGAAAUUCCGAUGUACAGAUAUGGAUAUUGUGAUCCAAGAGGAAUUCUUUAACCAUACACCGGAUAUAGAAAGAAAAUUAGAGCGUGGAAUAAAUGUUUUGGAGAUUGGUUGUGGAUUGGGAUCAAUAAUUAUAGAACUAGCCAGUAGAUAUCCUAACAGUAGAUUUAUUGCAUGUGAUUACUCAGCAAAAGUUAUUUCAAACGUCGCUAAAACUAUAAAACAGAAGGGCCUGAAAAACAUCAAGGCCAAGAAAGUCGACCUUCAUCAUCUUCCGAACAAAUGGGCGGGAAGGUUUGAUGUGGCUUAUAUACGGUAUACGCUGCAUGAUCUAGGCCAGCCGAUUAGAACUGCCAUAGAGAUAGUAAAAGAACUGAAAGAUGGCGGUGUUAUGCUCGUGGUAGAACUAUUUCUCAAGGGAGAUAACCACCGUGAAAACAAGGAAGACCCUCAUGCACCGCUACACUUUAUGUUGAGUGCAUCGGUGUGUGUUCCUGAAAGUUUGUGCCAGAAAGGGGGUAUUGGACUUGGUAGCACUUCAGGGAUGAAGUCUCUGAAAAACGUUAUUUACCAAUCCGGAAUACCAGUUUACAAUAUUCGGGCGUACGAACUUGGAGCUGUUCCGAAUUCUUGUAAGUUCGUCUGUCGCAAAUGAUGGUCCCAAAAGAAGUAUUGAUGAAUUUGUAGAACCAGACUUUUUAUGUCACCGACCCAGUAAAUUACCAGGACGCUUGAUUAACCCAAAAUCUUAUUUACAAUCGAGAUUGACCUCCAAUAUGCACGAUUUCAACUGUCUUAUUUAAUUACAUUCCAAUCAUCUA